AAUUAGGGAAAAGAGCCCUAAAAUAUACAAUCAAAUAAUCGCAUUUGAAAUUUACACAGAAAGAGAGAGAGAAAGCGCCAUGGGAAGUGAAGAGGAGAGCACAGUGAAGGAGCCAUUGGAUCUCAUAAGGCUUAGUCUUGACGAGAGAAUCUACGUUAAGCUCCGCUCCGACAGAGAACUCCGUGGCAAACUUCAUGCUUAUGAUCAGCAUCUUAAUAUGAUUCUAGGUGAUGUUGAAGAAAUUGUGACCACAGUUGAGAUUGAUGAUGAAACAUAUGAAGAGAUAGUUCGGGCAACGAGACGGACCAUCCCGUUCCUAUUUGUUCGUGGAGAUGGUGUCAUUCUGGUGUCUCCUCCACUCCGGACAACUUGAUAAGGAGAGGCAUAGUCGUGUAUGAAAUCUGCAAGCACGCUACAUUUGGUUGACUCGACUAUUGUGUGGGGGGAAGGGUGGUCUGUGAUUUUGUGUAGUACAUUUGUUUUUCAAAGCACACAUGAUUACAACGUUGAAAUCCUUGUGUCCUUUCUGGCCUUCGAUAUUUGUAAACUGUGCUUUAUAUGUUUACCUAAUUGAAUAGGGCCUCUGAUGAAACAACUU